ACCAGUAUGUACUGGGAAGGGGAAACAAGUUUGGCACUUGUUCUAUUCUUUGUCAGUCGUUCUCAUAUGAAAUUAAUUCGCGUUUCUUCCAAAUAGAAUCUCUCAUAAAGUAGUGGGGGCUGUUCUGGAUUUCCCUAGUUUCGAUUCAGACAGAAUCGAGUGGGAGAGUGGUCAAGUUAGUAGAGAAACAUGUUUACUUUACAGUAACAGGAAAAUAACCUUAAAAUGUCCACGAUUUCUACGAAUUUAGUGCGAAACUGUUCGUACCUUCGAACACAAUUAACUAUGGCGAAGUGAUAAAAUUCUAAUACAUACAGUGUUGUGGUUACUCAAUCAUCAGUUAGGCAGCGAGUUUUAAUUUUAACUUGGUUCAUCUACGACUCUCUUUUGCAAUACGAAGUGUUAUCAGUUUUGGUUUCUCUGAUCAGUGUAAACCACACAGAGCGAAAUAAAAGCACUUAUGUUGUCAUUCCUACUAAGACAGUUUUAUCUACACAAAAUUCAGGUAUUAUUCAAUCGGCGACAAGAAUAUUAUGUUGAUCAGUGACAUAAUUUCAAGACGAUUGUUGACAGAAAAUGUUUAAUCUUAUUACUAAUCCAGUGACUAUUGAUUCUACACAAUUCACAUAUUUAUGUAGCCCAAUACAUGUUUGAUAACUUUUUAAAAAGUGAAUCUACGAAAUCUUUCUAAUGAAUCUGUGUGAUUUUAUAAUAUUGCUUUGACAAAGGUUGAUGAAAGUUGAAUGCUAUUUCUAAUUCAGUGACAAAAAUCGAUUACAUGUUUCACAACUUUUUCAAGAGUGAAUCUACGAAAUCUUUCUAGUGAUCUGUGUGAUUUUAUAAUAUUGUUUUUACAAAGGUUGAUGAAAGUUGAAUGCUAUUUCCAAUUUAGUGACAAAAAUUGAUUCUAAAUAAUGCCUAAACAUAGAUCUAGUGAAUGUUUGAUAAAUUUCCCAGUGUAGUAGUUUUGUGGUUAAAAUGUAAUUUAAUGUAACAACUUUCUAUCAAGUUUGAAAGUUUGGUGAUUUUUUUUUAGUGUGAACUCUGUGCAAGUUUCAUUCAUGGUUUUCUAGUUGGAAUGUAAUGGAAUACCAUGACAACCUCAACAGAAAAACUGCCUGUUACGACGGAUUCUCUGUCGGGCGGUUCUAUGGACAAUUUGUCCCAACUCGCCAACCAACCAAACCACCCCGAUUAUCCGUCCAUGGUAAAUGUCUACAGCUCGGAUAACGUGCAUGUGGGUCCGAAGAACAUUUACAAGGGGAACGUCUCCAUAACACACAUUGUUCUUCCCGAUGGAAAGUCUCUAGUGAGCGGGCCCACAAACGGCAGUGGUGAACAGUUGGAUAAACUGCCUGAAAAAAUUAUCAGCAAUGGCGAUUUCAUUUGCCAAACUCAGGGACAAGUGUUCAAUAUUUCCAAUGGGAAGAUACCUACAAAUUCACCGCUUAUAAGGAUUGAAACGAAAGAUCAGAAAAAAACGCCCAAGAUUUUUCAAAAGAGAAGCGUGGUGUUCGCAAGCAUAGCCGUUUGCUUCAUCCUGUUAUCCACAGUCAUCUAUCUUCUCAAAUUUGGUAUUCACAGCAAGUCCAGCUUCUCAGGAAGUUACAACAAAGGAGUGUUGACACUGGUCGACAAAUCACAAUGGAAAGCCCAGCCUACAGAAGGCCAACUCAACAAGCUAGUCCAUCCCACCAAAUACGUCAUAGUACAACACUCAGCCACCUACUCUUGUAAAACUAAUGAAGGAUGCGAGAUCCUAAUGAGAUCCAUCCAGAACAAUCACAUAAACAACGACGAUAUAGGGGAUGAUAUUGGGUACAAUUUUGUGAUCGGGGGAAACGGGUUGGUUUAUGAAGGAAGAGGUUGGGACACUGUGGGUGCCCAUACUAGGGGUUGGAACAGUGCUUCGAUAGGGGUCGCAUUUUUGGGCAAUUUUCAAAAGGAAGUACCCAAUCCCGCCUAUUUUGAUGCGUUAGAUUGUUUGAUCAGAGAAGGUGUUCGCUUGAAAAAAUUGGACGAAAAUUAUAGACUUGUGUAUGCGGCACAGGUUCAAGAUACGUUGAGUCCUGGUAAACAUGUGAUCACACAAAUGAAGAAACAUCCUCAUUUCUAUUCAGUGGAGGAUCAGUUGUUUGUCAAUGAUCCUUCUAAGGAGUGACUCAUAUCUAUUUAUUUUUGUCUGGUUUCACUAAGCUCGGUCAAGACAUUUGAACAUGAUCAAGCCGGGUGAAGGAUUUACAAGUGCACUGGAAUUAUCGAUUAGUAAAACUACCUACAGUUACUGUAUGAAGAAACUGUUCAAAGCUGAACAGUUGAAACACCAGCUUGUAUGCUAUGGUGAUGGCUAUUACUACGUUUACUAUAAUAUCAAGCUGGAUUUGCAAACAACAGUAGAAAUAUAAUUCCUGUAGUUUCUAAUGGGUUUAUUCAAAUUCAUACUCACUCGGCGGGGCUCAACACGAAUAGGCCUGGUCCAAUCAGAACUCCGGGGAAUUAUAUUUUCCUACAGAUACCUUGAAAAGUGACCAUUUCUGCACUGAUUGCAGGCCGCAAAGAAUCACUUUUCCGCACUAGUGCGCAAAGUGAGUACUUUGCGUACUCCAGAUUUGCAGCAUGACAACGCAAAAUAGUUAGUAGGUUAUAUGGAGCACCAGUGCAGCAAAAUCAAAAUUAAGUUGGUAAUAUUCAUAGUGAGGCCCACGUUAUAAUGGCAGUGGAGAACAGCGUUGCCUUGCCAUUAUGUGCCUUGAUUAUAGUCAUUUCAAUGCUUACAUAAGAUAACCCCCCCCCGUUCAAGCAGUCACAUAAAUUUUCAAUUGAAUUACUAAUCAUUAUAAUUCAAUUUUGAAUGAAUUAAGGUUUUUAUUAAUAAUAAAAUUAUACAGAAAAACAUUUGAUGGAUUUCAGGGAAUUUUACCCAUAAUUACCCACUUUUCAUAUUCAAUGGUAACUGUAGGAAAAAUUUAAUGUGAAAUACGUGCGCAAAGUUCGUUUGCUGCACUCAAGAAACAAUUAUUCUGCACUCGCCUACGGCUCGUGCGUAAACGUUUCUUUCGGUGCAGCAAACUGUCACUUUGCGCACUAGUUGCACAAAUAACUAUUUCACUGCCGUGAUGUGCGAUCCAGCUUGAUAAUAUAAUCAACUCCUAAUAUUAUCGUAACUGAAGUAAUAACUAUUGCCAUACGAAUCAUAUUGUGUUAAAAUACAUUCUUUGUAAACUGUUCCUGAUUUGACCAUGUUCAAAUGUCUUGACCUAGGUUGGUAAAACCGGACGUUAGUGAUUUGUUUAAUUAUCAUCAAUUGAAAUGUUCAUAUUUCAUGUAGGAUAUCCAAGACUGAUAAGAGUCAUUUGUGAUUAUAAUGUCACUUUUGUAGGCUCUUUCAGACAGCCUACUAGUCAUUCAUUUAUUUAUUCAUAGAUUUAGUCUUAUUGAUUUAUUCAUUCACAGAAUCACAAAUCAUAAUAUCAUUAUGAUGAGGAGAGAACCAUAACGAUAGAUUAAGCUUUAUCUUAUUCUUUCCUAAAAACUAAAUGGUACCCAUAUAGUAGCAUGUUCCGGAAAGAUAGGUCGAGUCCUCAGUUUUAAGAAUUUAUGUUCUAUUUUGCGUUUAAAAUUAUAGUACUGAAGGUUUUUAAUCUAGUAGGACAAUUCAAGUAGUGAAAAGUGAAAUCUUAACCUCAUUCUUUUUUGAAAUUUCUAUUUGUAGAAAUUUGGGAGAGGUCAAGUCCUCAGUUUUGAGAAUUUAUGUUCUAUUUUGUGUUUAAAAUUAUAGUACUGAAGGUGUUUAAUCUAGUAGGACAAUUCAAGUAGUGAAAAGUGAAAUCUUAACCUCAUUCUUUUUCGAAACUUUUAUUUGUAAAAGUCUGGGAGAAUACAGUUUUGGGCUAUGCCUGUUGUCUUCUCCCAAUUAUAUUAUAUAUUAUUAUUACGAUUUGUGAUUGUCUAUGAAAUAAAUUCACUGAAUAAGAAUUUAUUAAUUGAGAUAUUCAUUUACUAAACUCAGCAUAUGAGUGAAUGAACAACACCAUACGUUACAUCAAAGCAAUAAUAGAUGAAAAUACUGUAGUGUUCUAAAAAUUUCACUUUCUCAAGAAUUUUAUCAUCCUUGUUAAGUUAAAGAUUGAUCAUUCUUAAAUCAUAAGAUAAUGUUCAUUCAUUAGAAACCAGCAGCUUGUGAUUCUGUUCAUCUUCCUACUUUGUAUGUUUGUACAUAAAGUUUACUCGCGUGAUAUUGUAAACGUAGAGACUUGAAUACUGUGAUCAGCAUUAUCAUGAACAAAAAACUAACUACCAAUUAAUAUUUGAGCUGAAUAAAUUUUAUUGUUUUAUAGUGUUCCAUAAUUUAUUAUUAUUACUUCAUUAUGCUGAGCUAUAUGAAUGCUUUUAUAAUGUAUAAAAAUUGUAGGACUAAAAUAUUUAUUUAUUCAAUCAAUCGUCAAUCAGAAUUACACAACUUACAGAAAAGUAUCACAUGCUAAAUCGCCCAAAACGGUUCCAAUUCUAAUUUAUACAACAGUCCAAUGUAUUAAGGUUAUGUAUCACUUAAAAAUUCUUCAAUUUACAAUUCAAAACACAUAAUUCAUCACACACAAAUCAUUAUUAAAUUUGAAAAAAGUCAAAUUGAAUUAAAUUAAUUACAAAUAGUUGUAACUUGAAAUUCCAAACUUUGAAAAAACGAUUAAAUUUUGAGACCAAAAAGACAAACACACUAUUUAGAACUUAUCACAGAUUAUUGUGUUCUUGUGAAUAAAUGAAUAAAUGGAUGAAUGAAUAGAUUAAUGAAUAAAUAAUGAUAUUAAUAUUAUAAUAAUUAAUAUUAUAAAUAAUUGAUAAGUACGGUGUAUUAUGUUUUGUCAAUAAUCGUCAAGUGCCUGAAUAUCCAAUCAGAAUAUCAUAUACAGUAGGAGAAACUUUAUUUGCUGGGCUUUAUCAUGUUACAUUCAAUUUUUUAUAGAUGUCAUGUAUCAUCAGAAUAUUCAUUUCAUAUCAUAAAUAAUAAUUAUUAUAGUUAGAUGAAUUGAAAUGUAUGUAUAGCCCAUUAUUUAUGGAAAAUAAAUAUUUCUACUAGUUUUACUCAGUACUGAUAAUACCUUUUUUUCAUAGAGCCUUAUAAAAUCCAUUUUAUUCGUAUAAUCCAGAUAUAUUGUAAAUGUUAGCACAAAUAUAUUUUUCGAAUUGUAUUUCAAUAUUGUAGGAUCAUGCAUUGUAGAUCACAUUGUCAUCAAUCACAUUAUCGUUCAUUGACUGAAAUGUGAUACCCCACAUUUCACUCAUUGAAUGGAUUUACAUUGAAUGAUAUUUCAAUGGAUUUAUACUUACCGUACUCCUGGGCUUUAUAACUCAUUACUAAGGGGUUUGGCCUGCCGCAGAAUGCUCUCUAUCUGCCCCGAUCAUCGGAUUCAUACUGGUCCAAUGCUACUAAUUUCUUACUUACUCAUAAUUUUAAGGGGUCGAGUGAAUUUCCACAUCCAACUUACAAUAAAUAAGAUUUUAAUUAGCUACAGAAGUAAUUUACAAUAACAUGGGUCAAUCACUUUGAAAUCAUUUUAUUCAAUUCAGAAUAUCACGUAUCUGCUACACAUAAUGUGUUUUUCAUGGCAAUUGACUUGAAAAUUCAUACCUCAUAUUUAUAGCAAUAUAGGCUCAUAAUUUACAUAAAAUUUAAAAACCAA